UUGGCUGCUGCUGGCCUCUGCACUGCUGCUACUGGCUUCCGCACUGCUGCUAGCCUUUUGGCUGCUGCUGCUAGCUUCUUGGCUGCUGCUAGCCUCUGCACUGCUGCUGCUGGCUUCUGCACUGCUGCUUGCCUCUGCACUACUGCUGCUAGCCUCUUGGCUGCUGCUAGCCUCUGCACUGCUGCUGCUAGCUUCUUGGCUGCUGCUUGCCUCUGCACUGCUGCUGGCUUCUUGGCUGCUGCUGGCUUCUGCACUGCUGCU